AUGGCCGCCACUCCUACCCAAGUCAAUCAUAUUGGGGAUCUUCUGUCUCGAGCACAUGGCAAAGUCCUCGAGCUUGGCCCUGGAAGUGGCGAUCAGUUGUAUCAUUACAACCCGGGACACAUUGAGAAGUUGUACGCAGCAGAGCCGAAUGCUUUCCUCCAUCCUAAACUGCUCCAAAUGGCAGCGAAGCACGCGCUAACUGGGAAGCUUGUCCCACUCGAAGCGGGAGGCCAGCCGGGUAGUCUUCUUCCAGCACUCCAAAAAGCAGGUCUUCUCUCCAGCACAGUGUCAGCUCUUCCUGAGCAGGGAGUUUUCGACACAGUAAUCACCGUCAAAUCUCUUUGUUCCGUUCCACAGAAUCAGCUCACGGCCACGAUCGCCGUCGUCCAGGCGCUUUUGAAGCCUGGAGGCCAGUUCUUGUUCUUCGAACACGUAAAGAACAACACGGAUAGUAUCACCGGAUGCUAUGUACGGCUUCUGGACUGGAUCUGGCCCGCUCUCAUGGGCGGCUGCCGCUUGAAUGGCAAAAUCGAUCAGGUUAUCCUAGGAAUGGGUGGUUGGGAUGAGAGGAGAAUCAGCACAGUUGGCGACUUCCAGGGACAUGAGGUCUUCAGAUACGUCAAGGGAACUGCCACCAAGGCUUGA